AUGGAGAACCCCUACCCUGAGUGUGACACCAUAGACAGACUGGCCAGAGAACUGGACAUCCCUGACCAGCGGCUGAGGGUGUGGUUCCAGAACAAACGUGCCCGGAUGAGACGCCAAGCUAAACAGAACAAGCAGUCAACCCCAUUACCGCAAGUGAAUCCGUACAGCGCCCAGCCUAUGUCAGCUCUCAUGUCGGCCGCAUCCCCGUACUCCUUCCUCCCACCGAACGCCAUGAUGGCCCCCGGACAGGCAACCCAGAUGAUGCCACGCCCAAUCUUCCCUUACCCCCAAGGUGCCCCUGGCUCUAUGAUGCACCCAGGGGGGUCUCUACCCGGUGCCCCAAACCAGCAUCCGACCUUCCCCCACCAACAACUAACCCCCCAACAGAGUCAGGUCCAGAGGCUGUAUUCAUUCAUAGCCCACAAGCAGCAGUAA